AUGAUUGUAGCUCAAUACGAAGCCAUAUUCGCUGAGUUGUCAAGAUAUGUCACAAGACUAGACGAAGAUUAUAAAAUAACAAGACUUGAAGAAGGUCUUCGUCAGAAUAUCCGAACAAGAUUUUGUUGUGCAGAUAUUCAGAAGUACUCUGAAAUUGUAGAUAAAGCCCUUCGAGCCGAGAGAGAUUGUGAACAUUUUCUGAAGUCGAAGGUAGGAAGCCAAAGCAGAACCGCUCCAAAUCAACAACAACCUUUGGAGAAGAGACAAUGGAUGCAUGUUCAAGCAGCACCAUUAGGAAAUCAGGAGCAACAUUUUCCUGAAAAUUGUUCGUAUUGUGGAAAAUAUGGACAUAAAGCUCAAGUGUGUAGGACCAGACUUAAAGACAUGGGAGUGAUGCCGCUUCAGCAAAUACCUCCCAGAGUGCAACUUCCAGUACCUACUCAACAGUCGGGUCAAGCGUCGUGUGCAUUGCCUUCUAAGCCUCCACAGAAUCAACAUAAUAGGCCUCAACCUCCUACGUCUCAAAAUCAGAGAAAUCAACUAACCAAAAUGCAGCCGUCGAGAGCUCGGGUUUAUUCUAUUCAUUCUAUCGCACCGGCAGACAAGCCAGAAGAUAACCAUAAUAUUGUGGAAGGAAAGCCUGUUAUUUUAGAUAAGAUUUGCAAGUCUGUUUUGGUCAUAUUAGGAGGGAUUCCAAUGAUAGCUAACUUGGUUGUCAUGGACAUGUUUGGAUAUGAUAUUAUUUUUAGUAUAGAUUGGCUUACCCCUAAUCAUGUCAAGUUGGAUUGUUAUGAAAAGACAGUUGGUUUUUCCAUACCUCGAAGAGAGCCAUUUACAAUUCAAGGGAAGCAGAUGAAUGAAAGGAUCGAGCGUAUUAUGCUGUUAAUGAAUGGAGAGACACCAGAAUUGUCUGUAGACCAAAUUCCGGUAGUGAGGGAGUAUCAAGAAGUCUUCCAAGAUAUACCAGGUUUGCCACCUUGUAGAGAAGUAGAUUUUGGUAUUAAUCUUCUGCCAGGAUCAGCACAAAUAUCUAUGUCUCAUAUCGAAUGGCGCCUGUCAAAAUGA